CAACAGCAAAGAGAAGAAGAAAGACAAAAGGAAGCAGUGGUGGAAGCCUUGGGUUGAUCAUGCGUCCAUGGUCCGAAGUGGCAAUUAUUACUUAUUUGAGACAGAUAGUGAGGAAGAGGAGGAAGACGAGGACAAGAAUGAUGAGGAACCUCCCAAAAGAUCAGCGUUCCAGUUUGUGUAUCAUGCCUGGAUAACUGACUCAAAAACUGCCAUGAAAGAGCAAAGUAAGGAAAGACGGCGAUUCUGGCAAAGGUACACAGAGGGCAGAACAAGCAAGAAGAACCAGAAGCAAGUGCAUGUGGCCAUUGAGGAAGGAGAUCAGGAUGACGGUGUUACAGAGGAGGAGGUAUCUGAAGGACCAGAUAACAUCCUGAAGCGAGUGUUUAACAUCGUGAAGUUCUCCUGGGUGCUCUUCCUGGCCCUGCUGGACAGUUUCACAGCCUGGCUUAACUCCAUCUGCCAGGAGCACAUCGAUAUCUCCACCGUCCUGCGCAUUGAGCGCUGCAUGCUCACUAAUGAGGUCAAAAAGGGGAACAAUCCAUCGCGGGACAGCAUCCACACGUACUACCAGAGACAGAUGUGCAGGCCAGCGUCCGCCGAGUCCAGCCUGGACCGGACUGAGGACGAGUACUCGGACUUCAGCCCCCUGCGGAGCCAGGCUUACGAGUCCGAUGUCUCUAGAGAAAACCUGUCCAGUGAGUACACAGAACCCACUGUGCUGUUGGAGUCUGAGGAAACCAGUGAGCAUGUUCUCAAAACCAGCCAGCGCGCUCGACCCAGACUCUGCCGCCUGCCUGGAGUAGAUGUGCAGUCGUCGUCUGCAGACAGUGCAGCCAG